AUGCCACCAUUAUCUUUUCUGCUAACGAUAUGUGUCACAAUACGUCAAUAUCAAAUUAAAUCACCAUUUUGGAUGCGCAAUCGAUCAUUAACCGCUGCAUUGUUGAUAAUUACUCUUUUGGAAGUAUUCGAAAAAUGGGGGUUAGCUGUGGAACUUUUCGAAGCAAACUUUCAUAUUAUUAUUGUUAUUGGUAAUAUUGAUGAUGACUAUUAUUUACGAGCUUUUUUGAUGAACUGGUAUAAGAUAGCACAUGGAUUAGCCUUAUUAAUGCCAUUCCUUUCUGCUUUAAUUCUCGUUUUAAUUGUGGGAAGUUAUCGACAACAAGCUAGUGAACAUUUCCGACGGUAUGCAAUAGUUGAUGAUGAUGUUGGAGAUGUUAACGUCGAGCGAAUGAUCAGCUGCACGCAGCAUACUAUUGCGAUCGAAGCUCACGUGUCUCGAGUAUCAUAUCGAUAUUACUGUUCAAUUGUAUCAUUACGUUGGAAAUAUUCACGUGGGAUAAGUGACUGA